AAAGAUCAAGGAAGAGGGUCGGCCUCGGCAAAAAAGUGUCUGUAGAAUCAUACCUGCGUCUGCGCAGUCAUGCUGGCCUGUCUGCAGAGGAGGCAGAACCCUGCACCCCAGCACGCCACGGCCGUCUGCAGCAGCAGCAAGAGUCUUGAGCCAACACAACACAUCAACCGCAAAUGUGAGCUGACUGUUCCCAUGCCUUCCCCGCGCUACCCCAGCGCAGCAGAGCUGGAUGCCUACGCGCAGAAGACGGCCAACAGCCCUCUGUCCAUCAAGAUCUUCCCCACCAACAUCAGGGUCCCCCAACACAAGCACCUUAACCGGACUGUGAACGGAUACGACACCACCGGACAGCGCUACAGCCCCUACCCACACCUCCACACAGGGGGCUACCAGGGUCUGUUAGCGAUCGUCAAGGUCUCAUUGUCGUCAUCCUCAUCUUCCUCGUCAUCUUUCGCACCCUCCACAAAGGGCGUCCUCAAAAACUCAGAGGGCAGGAGGACUAAGUUGUCUCCUGCGCAGAUAGCAGUGGCUCCUUAUCCGCCUCCCAACAGCAGCACUUUAGGUCAUUGCCACGGACAGAUUGUGUACCACACAGGGCCUCCCAAACCGCCAGAGGCCACCGCUCUGGCGGUCCCCCCUAAUGUCACUGUGGCCGGCUCCGUGAUCCCUGUUGCGGGGGGCCGAGGAUUGAACCUCCCUCCUCAGUCGAAUCUUCCCUCCAUCCAGAGCAUCAUUUACCAGAUCAACCAGCACUGCCAGGCCCAGGCUCUACAGCAGGUGUGUCAGAACGGGGCGUCGACGGGACCUCCGAACCCCAGCCCAUCCAAACCGGGCACCGCUAACUCCUCAGGGGGGACUUACGUCACUAGUGUGGCUCCGCAGGGAAACAUGGCCUAUUCAGGGACGGUGCUGCCAGGGCACAACGGGGAGGUGAUGAAGGCCGGGGUGUAUCCCGAAGGUAUGGACUACCUCCUGUGGCAAAAACAGCAGCAGCAGCAGCAGGCGGUUUUGAGGAUGUACAGCGAAGGGAGCGGAGGCGGAGGCGCCAUAAGCAAGUCGCCCGAAACCUGCGCCCCAGGAGGGUCCAUCAUGUUCGGAGGGGCGCAGGUGUCCUCCUCCAGAGGUUACCCGAUGACGGCCAGUACGAGCGGCGGGGGUGGGCUGGACAAGGUCAGCUCCUCCCCUUUGAACUGUGUGGGGAUGCAUGGGAACUUUUCUGUCGGUCAGUACUUUGCACCGCCGUGGAACAGCGUUCUGGUGACGCCGGAAAGCGACUGCUACAACCCACAGGAGCUUCCAGGAGCUACGACCACAGCUGGACCGGUGACGGGACACAGGGAGCUGGGAUUCCCCCACCCUCACCAGCACCCUCAUUAUCAUCACCACCACCAUCAUCAUCAUCAUCACCACCCGCCCAUCGACAGCACGGGUGGUCUGUGCUGCAGUUUGCCCAGUAAGAGUCUAUGUAAUACGUCAGUGUUGAGCAGCAGUCUGCAGUCACUGGAAUACCUGAUCAAUGACAUCCAUCCUCCCUGCAUCAAGGAGCAGAUGUUGGGGAAGGGAUACGAGACCGUGUCUGUGCCGAGACUAUUGGACCACCAGCAUGCACACAUCCGCCUCCCUGUUUACAGAUAAGAAGAGACGGGGCUGACCGAUAUAAAGAGCGACUGCAAAAUCUUUAAUCACAAACUGCAGUUGUUGCCAUUGCAUAGAUUUGCAGUGGAGUUUGGUGAUCCUGCUCAAAGCAGACUGGGGGAGAUCUGGAUCAGAAUACGGUUGGGUGAAUGCUGGAAAGCCAAUCGGUGCCUCUCGGCUCAGAGCUGGGAGAGAAUUGCUGGCUGGGAAUUUGAAUGUUCCUAAAUGUGGAUUCUGUGAUUCUUUUCUCUCUUUUUGCCAAGAGGGAUUUUGUUUAUUGUUUUCCAAUUGUUUCUCUAUUUUUCCUUUCGAAUUAUUUUAUCAGACUAAUAUUUUUAUUUUUGGUGAGAGUCAAUAGUUUAAAUGAAGUAAAAAUGGCCUCCUCUCCUCCCCAAGUAACCAUUUGGAUUAACGCGAUGAAGAUGAUGGUCUUAAAGCACCACGCUUGUCUGUAAAAGAUACAAGAUACGGUUGAACCUGUGCUCACAGAACACUGUAAGAGGUAACGGUAUGCACGCAUUACAACAUUUCAAAGACCAAAAAGGCAACUAGAUCAGUGCUUUAGUUUUAGGUGACGCUAAUAGAUAAAAUGGAAAAACCUUGUUUUUUCAAAGAAACUGCACUGCUUGGGGUGUAAAAAUGUGUGAAAGUCUUGGGAGGUCGGAAAUUAGACGUUCGAAUAUAAUGUAUUUAAAGAACUUGAAGACUUGAACCUAUUUUUGUUGUUUUAUAUAUAUAUUUGUAGUAUAUAAUAUGCAUUGGCUGCUAAGGGAGUAAGAGUGUAAAAUGCUUAGGUUUUUUAAUGUUUCGUUAAGGGUCUUUAAUUUUGAUUUUAUUCUCCUUUGGCUGCAGUAUAAGUUUCUGCUGUUCUCACGGUGUAACCACCACCAGAACGCUCAUUUAUUUACCUACACUGGAAUCAAAUCUCCACAUAAGCAGAUGUAAAAGUAACCGGUUGUUGGAAAGCUCUGAAAUGAGACCGCCCUCAUUAACAAGAUUAGGCCGAUCAGGUCUGUUUCAGUCAUAGAAACACAUUCUGACAUGCCGAAAUGAAUCUGAUUUGGAAUUCUGAAAAUGAGCCGUCUGUUGUUGGAAAUCUUGUUCUCGAUUGGUUAGGGAUCAAACGACUCUUCCCUCUCGGUGACUCCAUUAAAUGAGGACCUGAGGGGAGGUAAACUGUCAGAGGUGUCGCUUGACCAUUCCUCUUUUUGAAACGAUAAAAACAAUCAUUGCCUCUCUCAAACAGAGGUGGAAGGAGAGGGGCCGAGCGUUUUUCUCAGCUCUGUGCUAGCGGUUUCGAGCCGGGUUGAGGCCGCUCGUAAGCUCUGUCUCAACACUGAAAUAUUUAUUCCGACUGUGACUUUCCUGUGAAUGUACUGCACUUAGAUUACUGAGAAGACUAAUGCCUUGUGGGACACAGAGGGGGGAAAUAAAGAAAAAUUGGUUGGGCACAGCGGUCCCUGGCAUUAAAUUAGCAUUUCUUUUGUCAGUCAAAUUUCACCGGUAAAUUGAAUUUAGAAACUCGAGAGUGAGUCGAUGGGGGGUUUCUGGCGGAGGCAAAAAGCUGGCUACAGUCUAGAUUUAUGAAGUGCAAUUAUUAUGACUGUAUUAACAAUUUUGUUUUCUCUGAGCUUACACCAAAAAAAAAAAUUUGUAAAAGUACAGCUGUGUCUACAUUCCCAAUGUACCACAUACUCAUUCCCGUCUUGUUUUGAGGUGCAAAAUAAAAUGAUUUCAAGAA